CGCAAAGGAGUAGCUGUCUCUCUCAGAUAUAUAUAAAAGAAAUUUUGAAAUAUUACAAUGUUGUCUAGGAUUUAGAAGAUACUGAGAUGAAGUCCAGGGUUCUCCUUGUCGUUUUCUUUGCUGUAUUUAUGAUAGACACUACAAGAGGCAGUAGCCGAUACCGUAUCGUGGAUUAUACCAGUUUUGUCACCAGCUGGACCCAGGCUCGAGAUGAGUGUCGCAGAACCAGAGGUUGGGACCUGGUCAAAAUUGAGAACAGAAACGAAGACCAAGCUCUGAAAACCUUUCUUGCCGGAGAGUGCAAUAUGGGUGGUGACGGUUGGUUUAUCGGCGGACAAUCAGAAAAUGGCGCCUGGUCCUGGGCAGAUGGCUCUGAAAUGAUUUAUAACAGUUUUCCCAUCGAAAGAUCAACAAGCAGGAUUAUCCCUCAAACCGUGGUCAGAAACUUUGCUGUCAUUUUCAAAAGUGAUUUGCAAUGGGGUUAUAUUGCUUCUCGUCCGACCCCUAGGAUGGGAUACAUCUGUGAAAGAACAAUUUGUGAUGCAUGAUGAUUUUUAAUAAAAUAAUAAAGAAAAAAA